AUGGCUAAGAAGAUGAAGCAGAAUAAAUCUACACCCCAAUUAGUACAGCUUAGAAUAUCUACUGAUGAAAUUUUACAGAAUUUGCGGAACUCAAGCACAACUUUUGUUCCAAGCCCGAUUCAGAAGGUGGACGAGCUUAUCACUCCAGCGCCGGAAUUGAUCAAUCCGGCCUGUGGUUCUAUUCCCCGAAGUGAUACUGAAACCAUUUCCCUAUUUGCUGAAGCCAUUGCUAGACCAACAUCUUCGAAUUUCAAUAAAACAGUAACUAGGGUUUCGAAUUGCACUGUUCCAUUGGAUGCUGAAGCGGCAGCUCAUCGAUCUGAACCAGCUACCACAGAUUCUCACACUUUACCUCCUCCGGAACAGAACGCACAUAAGGAUGGUGAAGAUCGAAGCUCUUUUUCUGGGAAGUUAACUGCUAAGGGAGAUGCUUUGUUCUUCUUUGCACCGGUUGUUCAAAAUGGGAAGCAAGUUGCUAAGAUAAAGGAAUCUGAACUCAUGGAAGGUAAUAGGAAAUGGUCUAAUGCUUUAGUUUUUUAUGUUGUUAGUCAUUACCCUACUAUUGUUGUUGUUCAUCGUUUCAUAGUUCAACAAUGGUGUGAUGUGCAAAAACCCGAAAUUUUUUGGCAUGAUGAUGGGUAUUUUAUCAUUAAUUGUUGUUCAAUUAGUUAUAAGGAUACUAUUCUUUGUUCUGGUCCGCAAAUGUUCAUGGGAAAACCAGCAAUUAUUAAACCUUGGAGUCCUAAAUUUGAUUUUGGUGCAGAGAUUUUGAGAACUAUUCUUUUGUGGGUUAAGUUCCCAAACAUACCUUUAAAUUGCUGGGGUCCUGAAACUCUUAGUCGUAUUGGUAGUUUGCUUGGUGUACCAAUUUUCUCUGAUGAAUGUACUACAAGAAAACUAAGAGUUUCUUUUGCUAGAGUUCUAAUAGAAAUUGAUGUUACCAAGCCAUUGCCUAAGUCUAUGUUUGUGGAAAGCCCCUUGAAGGCAAUUCUGGAACUCAAGGUAGUUUAUGAAUGGACUCCACCCUUUUGCUCUAAGUGUAAUAAAGUGGGCCAUGAUUGUUCUGUUAAAGUGUCAUCAGCUCCAAAGCAUUCGGUGACUGCAGCUCCUAAGCAGCCUGUAAAUGUAGCUCCUAAAGUGCAGCAAGUCUGGGUUGCUAAGCCUAGUCAAGCUCCUCCUGUUGUUGAUGUUGAUGCUUCUGUUCAUGGGCAAUCUUUUGUCGCCCCACAGGUUCAUACUUCUCAAAACUCAAAUGAGGGGUGGAGAAUAGUGGGAAAGAAGACAAAAAGCCAGCAAACUAGGGUUAAUCAGCCUGCUUCUACCUCUAAUGCUUUUAUUGCUCUAUUUGCAAAUGAAAUGGAUGGUGUAGGUGGUUUUAUGAUAAAUCCAAGCGGGGGUGAGAAGAAAUUUGGCUCUUCUUGGUUUUGGUUGUGCAAUUAUGAUCAUUCUCCCAAAGGGAGGAUUUGGCUUGGUUGGAAUGCAGAUAGAGUAACUGUCAAUGUCUUGAAGAUUCAUGAACAGUUUAUUCAUUAUAGUGUCUCUUCUAAGGAUCUUUCUACUCAAAUUCAUCUCACUGUUGUCUAUGGGCUUCACUCUAUUCAUGAUAGGCUUCCUAUGUGGGAAGGAAUCAGGAAAAUCUCUAUUCAGCAUUCUCGUUGGCUUUGUGCUGGUUACUUUAACUAUGUUCUUCAUACUUCAGAUAGGUUUCAUGGCACUGAUGUUACUGAUUAUGAGACUAGAGAUUUCCGAGUUUGGAUUGAUAGAGUCUUUGGUAACCAAGCUUGGCUGGCCUCUCAUGGGCAUGUUGAGACUGUCUAUCUCCCCCCUUCUUUAUCUAAUCACAGUCCAGUUUUGUUGGAUAUUUGUUCUGCCCCUGCUGGGAGAGGUAGACCUUUCAGGUUUCUAAACUGUAUUGCUGAUCAUCCUGAUUUCCUUAAUAAUGUUUCUCAGGCUUGGGGUUUUGGUAGUUCUGUUUGGCAGAAGCAUAAUUAUGUGAAGUCUAGAAUCAAGUCUCUUAAUAGCAAGCAGUUUGGCAACAUUAAGGAGAAGAUUGAUCAAGCUAAUGUUGAGCUUGAUGGAAUUCAGAACUUAAUGGCUCAGAAUCCUGAUGAUUUGGAAUUAUAUGCUAAAGAAACUGAUGCAAUUAAGGUUGUCAAACACUGGAAUGAUAUUCAGGAAAGUAACUUUAAACAAAAAUUUAGGAUCAACUUGAUUAAGAUUGGAGAUGGCAAUUCUCAUUAUUUUUUCUCAGUGAUGAAGAAUAGACAAGCAAGGAAUAGAAUUGACUCCAUCUUUGACUCUAACCAGGUUUUUCUUAAGGAUCCAAAUGUUAUUUCUCAUGAAGUUAUCUCCUUCUAUAAGUUUCUUUUAGGGAUUCAGGCUUCUUGGGUUCCUGCUGUUGACCUUGUUACUAUGAGGAGAGGUAAACAGCUUAGCUCUUUUGCUCAGAGUUAUCUCAUUCAGCCUUUUUCUCAUGCUGAAAUUGAUGCUGCCCUUAAGGGAAUUGAUAACACUAAAGCUCCUGGUAUUGAUGGCUUUAACUCCUUUUUCUUUAAGAGAGCUUGGCAUAUUGUGAAAGAUGAUAUUUAUGCUAGUGUUAUUGAUUUCUUUACUAAAGGGACCUUGCCUAAGCAAUGGAAUUGCACAACUAUCACCCUUGUUCCUAAAAUCCCUAAUGCUUCCCAUGUUAAGGAUUUUAGACCUAUACCUUGUUGCACUAUGGUUUAUAAGCUCAUUUCUAAGGUCAUAACUGCUAGACUUGCUACUAUCAUUGGUGAGAUCAUUGAUGAUGCCCAAACAGGUUUUAUUCUAGGCAAGCAUAUUGGUGACAAUAUCCUUCUUGCAACUGAAUUGAUCAAAGGCUAUGAUCACAAAUUUAUCUCACCUAGAUGCAUGGUUAAGGUGGAUUUGAAGAAAGCCUAUGAUUCAGUUAAGUGGGGAUUCUUGAUUACUGUUAUGCAGGAGCUUGGUUUCCCUCAGAGAUUUGUUAGCUGGAUCUAG